AUCACAAACAAGUCGGCAAACCGAAUCAAACUGAGCUUUGACUGCAAUUUCCUUUGAUAGCAUUUAGGAUAUAGUGACAUAAAAAUGAAUAAGUACCUAGCCCUAGCUGUCAUUCUAAGCAUCUUCGCCAGGAUCACGGGUGCACCUGUCACCUCAGAAUGUCAAGACCUAAGCGAAGACGACGAAAAGAAAAUGUUAGCAGAAGAAAAUGUUACUACCAAUUUCACUGAAGUUUUCCUGCCUGAGAUUCUGACAGGAAACUCAGUGAUAUCUCUGGCAGACCUAUUGAAUAAGCCAACUGGUUCAAAGCAUUGCCCUGCUGCCAACGACAUGUCUUCGUCAGCUCCCGUGAACGAACGAUCAUCCUGUCCAUGGUAUAUCGACAUCGAUACCGACAGUAAACGUCAUCCCAAGGAAAUCCCUGUGGCCAUACCCCGGUGUGGACCUUCCGAGUCCUGUGUGGGGAUGAGUGAGGCACAGAAGGAUAACUUCGAGUGUGGCAGAAUCUACAUCAGUAUUAAAGUACUCAGAAAAGAAAUUUGUUCAGCCACGCACUCAAAGUGGGUUGAGGGGACAGAAAGGGUGUCUGUUGGUACAACCUGUAUGAAAACGAAAGAAAAGGAGAACAGUCAAACUGCAUCAGACGGUGGACCCCCAUCUAUAUAGACCACACUAUGGUUAAACCAGGUUAAUUGAGGUACUGUACAAUCAUUCAUCGAACAUAAUUUUGAUAUUUUUGAUGCAGUACCUGUACGGCUGAUAUUCAAACUCCAGGGUAAAAAACUAUAUUUUUCAUACCUGGGGUAAAUCAAGCUCCAUUAAAGCAUUUAUCAAAUCACCCAGGAGGCGAUUCCAGACUUUCAUAACAUUACCAGUAAGAGUAUGACGACUUUUAAGUAUGCUUGUAUUAAUUUAUUUGUUUUAAAUGUUGUGUUUAAGUACGGUUCGUUUAAGUAUUUAUUUAUUGAUGAGUAUGUUGAUAGAAAACGUAGCAUUUAUUACUACCAAUUGUCUUUCAUUCAUAUUAAAUCCAUCCACUGUUUGAUAUGUAGGUUGAGGGGAUGAAACGACUUGUUACUCAAGUCGAGAUAAAUGAUGUCUAAACGACUUGUUACUGAAGUCGAGAUAAAUGAUGUCUAAACGAUACGAAGGAGGAAUACUAAGAUUAUGUUUAUUAGUGAGGAAGAAUGUUAAGAAUGUAUUUAUGAUAUUUUUGUGAGUGAUGGAGAAUGUUAAAGAUGUAUUAACGAUAUUUUUUGUGAGUGAGGGAGAAUGUUAAAGAUGUAUUAAGGAUAUGUUUGUGAGUGAUGGAGAAUGUUAAGAAUGUAUUUACGAUAUUUUUUGUGAGUGAGGGAGAG